CGCCUACGCCUGCGCCCUGAGGUCGGGCGCUCGCUGGCCGGGAGCGGGGAGCCGGCGGGCACCGCCGCAGCGCGUGAGGUGAUGGCGGCGGCCCCGGCCCGGGGAGGCGGCGGCGGCGGCGGCGGCGGCGGCUCCGGUUCCUGCGCCUCGCGGGGUUUCUAUUUCAACACGGUCCUGUCACUGGCCCGCUCCCUGGCGGUGCAGAGACCAGCAUCCUUGGAGAAGGUCCAAAAGCUUCUUUGCAUGUGUCCAGUGGAUUUCCAUGGGAUCUUCCAGUUAGAUGAAAGACGGAGAGAUGCAGUGAUUGCAUUGGGCAUUUUUCUGAUUGAAUCUGAUCUUCAGCACAAAGAUUGUGUGGUUCCUUACCUUCUGCGACUUCUCAAAGGUCUUCCAAAAGUGUAUUGGGUAGAAGAAAGCACAGCUCGGAAAGGCAGAGGUGCCCUCCCAGUUUCAGAGAGCUUCAGCUUCUGCUUGGUAACUCUGCUGUCUGAUGUGGCCUAUAGGGAUCCUUCACUCAGGGAUGAGAUUUUAGAAGCGCUUUUGCAGGUUUUGCAUGUCCUCUUGGGGAUGUGCCAGGCCUUGGAGAUUCAAGACAAAGAAUACCUUUGCAAGUAUGCUAUCCCAUGCCUGAUAGGAAUCUCGCGAGCAUUUGGGCGUUACAGCAACAUGGAAGAGUCUCUCCUCUCAAAGCUCUUUCCAAAAAUCCCUCCUCAUUCCCUCCGUGUCCCAGAAGAGCUUGAAGGUGUUCGAAGGCGUUCCUUUAAUGACUUCCGCUCCAUCCUCCCCAGCAAUCUGCUGACUGUCUGUCAGGAGGGUACCCUGAAGAGGAAAACCAGCAGUGUGUCCAGCAUCUCUCAGGUCAGCCCUGAACGUGGCAUGCCCCCUCCCAGUUCCCCUGGAGGAUCCGCCUUUCACUACUUUGAAGCCUCCUGCUUGCCCGAUGGGACUGCCCUAGAGCCUGAGUACUACUUUUCAACCAUCAGCUCCAGUUUCUCCGUCUCUCCCCUUUUCAACGGCGUCACAUAUAAGGAGUUUAACAUUCCAUUGGAAAUGCUUCGGGAACUCUUAAACUUGGUGAAGAAGAUCGUUGAGGAGCCUGUUCUCAAAUCCUUGGAUGCCAUUGUAGCCAGUGUGAUGGAGGCCAACCCCAGUGCUGAUCUCUACUACACUUCCUUCAGUGACCCCCUCUACCUGACCAUGUUCAAGAUGCUGCGCGACACUCUAUACUACAUGAAGGACCUCUCGACCUCUUUUGUGAAGGAGAUCCAUGAUUUUGUGCUGGAGCAGUUCAACACGAGCCAGGGGGAACUCCAGAAGAUUCUACAUGACGCAGACCGGAUCCACAAUGAGCUGAGCCCCCUCAAAUUGCGCUGCCAGGCUAAUGCCGCCUGCGUGGACCUCAUGGUGUGGGCCGUGAAGGACGAGCAGGGUGCGGAAAACCUUUGCAUCAAGCUAUCUGAGAAGCUGCAGUCCAAGACGUCCAGCAAAGUCAUCAUUGCUCACUUGCCCCUGCUGAUCUGCUGUCUGCAGGGUUUGGGCCGCCUGUGCGAGAGGUUCCCGGUGGUGGUACACUCUGUGACACCGUCCUUGCGAGACUUCCUGGUCAUCCCGUCCCCAGUUCUGGUGAAGCUCUACAAGUACCACAGUCAGUACCACACAGUUGCUGGCAAUGAUAUAAAAAUCAGUGUGACCAAUGAGCAUUCCGAGUCAACCCUGAACGUCAUGUCGGGUAAGAAGAGCCAGCCCUCUAUGUACGAGCAGCUCCGAGACAUCGCUAUUGACAACAUCUGCAGGUGCCUGAAGGCUGGAUUGACGGUGGACCCAGUGAUCGUGGAGGCAUUCUUGGCCAGCCUGUCCAACCGGCUCUACAUCUCUCAGGAGAGUGACAAGGACGCUCACUUGAUUCCCGACCACACAAUCCGAGCCUUGGGACACAUCGCGGUGGCCUUGAGGGACACCCCAAAGGUCAUGGAGCCCAUUCUGCAGAUCCUGCAGCAGAAAUUCUGCCAACCACCCUCCCCUCUCGAUGUGCUGAUUAUUGACCAGCUGGGCUGCCUGGUUAUCACCGGAAAUCAAUACAUCUAUCAGGAAGUGUGGAACCUCUUCCAGCAGAUCAGUGUGAAGGCCAGCUCCGUUGUAUACUCAGCCACCAAAGAUUACAAGGACCACGGCUACAGGCAUUGCUCCCUGGCAGUGAUUAAUGCCCUGGCCAACAUUGCGGCCAACAUCCAAGACGAGCACCUGGUGGAUGAGCUGCUCAUGAACCUGCUGGAAUUGUUUGUGCAGCUGGGGCUGGAGGGGAAGCGAGCCAGCGAGAGGGCAAGCGAGAAGGGCCCUGCCCUGAAGGCUUCUAGCAGCGCAGGGAACUUGGGAGUACUCAUUCCUGUAAUAGCUGUGCUCACCCGACGACUGCCGCCCAUCAAAGAAGCUAAGCCUCGGUUACAGAAGCUCUUCCGGGACUUCUGGCUAUAUUCCGUUCUGAUGGGAUUCGCUGUGGAGGGCUCAGGACUCUGGCCGGAAGAGUGGUACGAAGGGGUCUGUGAAAUAGCCACCAAGUCCCCCCUGCUCACCUUUCCCAGCAAGGAGCCACUGCGGUCCGUCCUCCAGUAUAACUCAGCCAUGAAGAACGACACGGUCACCCCUGCUGAGCUGAGUGAGCUCCGCAGCACCAUCAUCAACCUGCUGGACCCCCCUCCCGAAGUGUCCGCACUCAUCAACAAGCUGGACUUCGCCAUGUCCACCUACCUCCUCUCUGUGUACCGGCUGGAGUACAUGAGGGUACUGCGUUCAACAGACCCUGAUCGCUUCCAGGUAAUGUUCUGCUACUUUGAGGAUAAAGCUAUUCAGAAAGACAAAUCUGGGAUGAUGCAGUGUGUGAUUGCAGUCGCAGACAAAGUAUUCGAUGCCUUCCUGAACAUGAUGGCAGAUAAAGCCAAGACCAAGGAGAACGAGGAGGAACUGGAGCGGCACGCUCAGUUCCUGUUGGUGAACUUUAACCACAUUCACAAGAGGAUAAGGAGGGUGGCAGACAAGUAUCUGUCUGGUCUGGUGGAUAAGUUUCCCCACUUGCUCUGGAGCGGGACUGUGCUGAAGACGAUGCUGGACAUCCUGCAGACCCUGUCACUGUCCCUGAGCGCUGAUAUUCACAAGGACCAGCCUUACUAUGACAUCCCCGACGCCCCCUAUCGGAUCACGGUUCCUGACACAUAUGAAGCCCGUGAGAGCAUUGUGAAGGACUUCGCUGCACGCUGUGGGAUGAUCCUGCAGGAGGCCAUGAAGUGGGCACCUACCGUCACCAAGUCCCACCUGCAGGAAUAUCUGAACAAACAUCAGAACUGGGUGUCAGGACUGUCCCAGCACACAGGACUGGCCAUGGCCACUGAGAGCAUCCUUCACUUUGCUGGCUACAACAAGCAGAACACAACUCUCGGGGCAACUCAGCUAACCGAGCGCCCGGCCUGUGUGAAGAAAGACUACUCCAACUUCAUGGCGUCCCUAAAUUUGCGCAACCGCUACGCAGGCGAGGUGUAUGGAAUGAUUCGGUUCUCAGGCACCACAGGCCAGAUGUCUGACCUGAACAAAAUGAUGGUCCAGGAUCUACAUUCAGCGUUAGACCGCAGUCAUCCUCAGCACUACACGCAGGCCAUGUUCAAGCUGACUGCAAUGCUCAUUAGCAGCAAAGAUUGUGACCCGCAGCUCCUUCAUCAUCUUUGCUGGGGUCCCCUCCGGAUGUUCAACGAGCAUGGCAUGGAGACAGCCCUGGCCUGCUGGGAAUGGCUGCUGGCCGGCAAGGAUGGAGUAGAAGUGCCGUUCAUGCGGGAGAUGGCAGGGGCCUGGCACAUGACGGUGGAGCAGAAGUUUGGCCUGUUUUCUGCUGAGAUAAAGGAAGCAGACCCCCUGGCCGCCUCGGAAGCGAGUCAGCCCAAACCCUGUCCUCCCGAAGUGACCCCCCACUACAUCUGGAUCGACUUCCUGGUGCAGCGGUUUGAGAUCGCCAAGUACUGCAGCUCUGACCAAGUGGAGAUCUUCUCCAGCCUGCUGCAGCGCUCCAUGUCCCUGAACAUCGGCGGGGCCAAGGGGAGCAUGAACCGGCAUGUGGCGGCCAUCGGGCCCCGCUUCAAGCUGCUGACCCUGGGGCUGUCCCUCCUGCAUGCUGACGUGGUUCCAAAUGCAACCAUCCGCAAUGUGCUUCGCGAGAAGAUCUACUCCACCGCCUUUGACUACUUCAGCUGUCCCCCAAAGUUCCCUACUCAAGGAGAGAAGCGGCUGCGUGAAGACAUAAGCAUCAUGAUUAAAUUUUGGACCGCCAUGUUCUCAGAUAAGAAGUACCUGACCGCCAGCCAGCUUGUUCCCCCAGAUAAUCAGGACACCCGGAGCAACCUGGACAUAACUGUUGGCUCUCGGCAACAAGCCACCCAAGGCUGGAUCAACACCUACCCCCUGUCCAGUGGCAUGUCCACCAUCUCCAAGAAGUCAGGCAUGUCUAAGAAAACCAACCGGGGCUCCCAGCUACACAAAUACUACAUGAAGCGAAGGACGCUGCUGCUGUCCCUGCUGGUGAGGCCCACAGGUGCAGCUGUGCCUGCUGCCCACCACCUGCCCAUACAACACCUGGUGGCUGGGGCAUGUGUGGGAGAGCGCGGUUUCCCUGGCGAGGCAGCACCACCCAUACCCUCUGUGCCCUGUAGGUUUAAGAACACAGAAGCCAUCGGGAACGAAGUGACCCGUCUCGUUCGGUUGGACCCAGGAGCCGUUAGUGACGUGCCUGAAGCAAUCAAGUUCCUGGUCACCUGGCACACCAUCGACGCCGACGCUCCGGAGCUCAGCCAUGUGCUGUGCUGGGCACCCACAGACCCACCCACGGGCCUCUCCUACUUCUCCAGCAUGUACCCGCCGCACCCUCUCACAGCGCAGUACGGGGUGAAAGUCCUGCGGUCCUUCCCUCCGGACGCCAUCCUCUUCUACAUCCCCCAGAUCGUACAGGCCCUCAGGUACGACAAGAUGGGCUAUGUGCGGGAGUAUAUUCUGUGGGCAGCGUCUAAAUCCCAGCUUCUGGCGCACCAGUUCAUCUGGAACAUGAAGACUAACAUUUAUCUAGACGAAGAAGGCCACCAGAAAGACCCUGACAUCGGCGACCUCCUGGAGCAGUUAGUAGAGGAGAUCACAGGCUCCUUGUCGGGCCCAGCGAAGGACUUUUACCAGCGGGAGUUUGAUUUCUUUAACAAGAUCACCAAUGUGUCGGCUAUCAUCAAGCCCUACCCUAAAGGCGACGAGAGAAAGAAGGCUUGUCUGUCGGCCCUGUCUGAAGUGAAGGUGCAGCCGGGCUGCUACUUGCCCAGCAACCCGGAGGCCAUCGUGCUGGACAUCGACUACAAGUCUGGGACCCCGAUGCAGAGUGCUGCAAAAGCCCCAUAUCUGGCCAAGUUCAAGGUGAAGCGAUGUGGAGUUAGCGAACUUGAAAAAGAAGGUCUGCGGUGCCGCUCAGACUCCGAGGAUGAGUGCAGCGCGCAGGAGGCCGACGGCCAGAAGAUCUCCUGGCAGGCAGCCAUCUUCAAAGUGGGGGACGACUGCCGGCAGGACAUGCUGGCCCUGCAGAUCAUCGACCUCUUCAAGAACAUCUUCCAGCUGGUCGGCCUGGACCUCUUUGUUUUUCCCUACCGCGUGGUGGCCACUGCCCCUGGGUGCGGGGUGAUCGAGUGCAUCCCCGACUGCACCUCCCGGGACCAGCUGGGCCGCCAGACAGACUUCGGCAUGUACGACUACUUCACACGCCAGUACGGGGACGAGUCCACCCUGGCCUUCCAGCAGGCCCGCUACAACUUCAUCCGAAGCAUGGCCGCCUAUAGCCUCCUGCUGUUCCUGCUGCAGAUCAAGGACAGACACAACGGCAACAUUAUGCUGGACAAGAAGGGCCAUAUCAUCCACAUCGACUUUGGCUUCAUGUUUGAAAGCUCGCCCGGUGGCAAUCUUGGCUGGGAACCCGACAUUAAGCUGACGGAUGAGAUGGUGAUGAUCAUGGGGGGCAAGAUGGAGGCCACGCCCUUCAAGUGGUUCAUGGAGAUGUGUGUGCGCGGCUACCUGGCUGUGCGGCCCUACAUGGACGCGGUCGUCUCCCUGGUCACUCUCAUGUUGGACACGGGCCUGCCCUGUUUUCGCGGCCAGACGAUCAAGCUCUUGAAGCACAGGUUUAGCCCCAACAUGACCGAGCGCGAGGCUGCAAAUUUCAUCAUGAAGGUCAUCCAGAGCUGCUUCCUCAGCAACAGGAGCCGGACCUACGACAUGAUCCAGUACUAUCAGAAUGACAUCCCCUACUGAGGAGGGGACCUCCAAGGCCCUCCGCCCCAUGUGCCCUUGAAGCUGCCCCACAAUCAUGGAGCCCUGUGACCUCCCCGCCCUGCCACCACAUGCAGUGGAGGACAGACCUGUGGCCGGAAGAGCCUGGUAGCGCCUCCUGGGGCAGCACGUGGGUGGCGCAGCCUUGGUAACGCCAUGGACUGCAGUGACAAUCAUUGGAUGGUGCUGUCUAUGCACAGGUGUGAGUCCUCUGUUUGCACUGGACAUAUUCCCUACCUGUCUUAUUUCAUAGGUACAUGAAGUAUUUUCUUGUGUAUAAAAAAAAGAUACAAGAUUUAACCAACAUCAACAAAAUAAAAACCCAAAAUAGUGCUGUGUUGGAA